AUGGUGGCGGUUUUUGAUGGCUCCGAUUCCCUCUGGAUCCGCCUCCUCCGAGGCCUACAAGCCUACUACCAGUCUCGAUUCCCGCCGCCGCCAGCGGAAAUUUACCGGGCUCUCUCCUACUAUCGCGAUCCUUCCUUUUCCGUGUUUCCUCUGCCAGGUGACAGGUCUGAAAGAAGAUCCUCAAAAAAGCGAACACCCAAGACCAGCAGUGCACCAGGCAGGCACAAGGCCCAGCCUGGACACAAGGAACGAGCUGGGGGCAGCCCAAGAUCAGCGUCCCCACGGAGGAAGCAGAUAGAGACAGAGCACAGGAGAUGGCGAGAGGAGCCAGGGAAACGGGAGCAAAGCAUGGCAGAGGGAAGGAGGAAAAAGGAUGAGAAAUGCUCCUUCAAGGAAAAGAGAACACCCCCAAAGAAGGGACAGGAGGGGGCGAGGAAGGACGAGAUGUGGAAGCAACUGAAGAAACACAGGUCAUCCUCAGCCUCCAGUGCCUCAGGUGGGGAGUCUUUGUCAGAGGAGGAACUGGCCCAUAUCCUGGAGCAGGUGGAAGACAAGAAAAAGCUCAUUGCCACCAUGCGGAACAAGCCCUGGCCCAUGGCCAAGAAACUCACGGAGCUCCGGGAGGCCCAGGAUUUUGUGGAGAAGUUUGAAGGAGCCCUGGGAAAGGGGAAAGGCAAACGACUGUAUGCCUACCGGAUGCUGAUGGCUAAGAAAUGGAUCAAGUUUAAGAGAGAUUUUGAUAAUUUCAAGACUCAGUGUAUUCCCUGGGAAAUGAAGAUCAAAGACAUUGAAAGUCACUUUGGCUCUUCAGUGGCGUCAUACUUCAUCUUUCUUCGGUGGAUGUAUGGUGUUAAUCUAGUUCUUUUUGGCUUAAUAUUUGGUCUAGUCAUAAUUCCAGAGGUGCUAAUGGGUGUGCCUUAUGGAAGUAUACCUAGAAAGACAGUACCCCGGGCUGAAGAAGAAAAAGCCAUGGAUUUUUCUGUCCUUUGGGAUUUUGAGGGCUACAUCAAAUAUUCUGCUCUCUUCUAUGGCUACUACAACAACCAGAGGACCAUUGGGUGGCUGAGGUACAGGUUGCCCAUGGCUUACUUUAUGGUGGGGAUCAGCGUGUUCGGCUACAGCCUGAUGAUUGUCAUUCGAUCGAUGGCCAGCAAUACCCAGGGCAGCACUGGUGAGGGGGAGAGCGACAACUUCACAUUCAGCUUCAAGAUGUUCACCAGCUGGGACUACCUGAUCGGGAACUCAGAAACAGCUGACAACAAAUAUGCCUCCAUCACCACCAGCUUCAAGGAAUCAAUAGUGGAUGAACAAGAGAGUAACAAAGAAGAAAAUAUCCACCUGACAAGAUUUCUUCGAGUCCUGGCCAACUUUCUCAUCAUCUGCUGUUUGUGUGGAAGUGGCUAUCUCAUUUACUUCGUGGUGAAACGAUCCCAGGAAUUCUCCAAAAUGCAGAACGUUAGCUGGUAUGAGAGGAAUGAGGUGGAAAUUGUGAUGUCCCUUCUUGGGAUGUUUUGUCCCCCUCUGUUUGAAACCAUCGCCAUCCUGGAGAAUUACCACCCUCGAAUUGGGCUGAAGUGGCAGCUGGGCCGUAUCUUUGCCCUUUUCCUGGGGAACCUCUACACUUUUCUCCUGGCCCUCAUGGAUGAUGUCCACCUCAAGCUUUCCAAUGAAGCGACAAUACAGAACAUCACACACUGGACUCUGUUCAACUAUUACAACUCCUCGGGUUGGAAUGAGAGCAUCCCUCGGCCACCCCUACACCCUGCAGAUGUGCCCCGGGGUCCUUGCUGGGAGACAGCUGUGGGCAUUGAAUUCAUGAGACUGACAGUGUCCGACAUGCUCGUAACAUACAUCACCAUCCUGCUGGGAGACUUCCUGCGGGCAUGUUUUGUUCGAUUCAUGAACUAUUGCUGGUGCUGGGACCUGGAGGCUGGAUUUCCCUCAUACGCCGAGUUUGAUAUUAGUGGAAAUGUGCUUGGCUUGAUUUUCAACCAAGGAAUGAUCUGGAUGGGAUCCUUCUACGCCCCGGGGCUUGUGGGCAUCAACGUGCUGCGCCUGCUGACCUCCAUGUACUUCCAGUGCUGGGCAGUGAUGAGCAGCAACGUCCCCCACGAGCGAGUGUUCAAAGCCUCCCGAUCCAAUAACUUCUACAUGGGCCUCCUGUUGCUGGUACUUUUCCUCAGCCUCCUGCCGGUGGCCUACACCAUCAUGUCACUACCACCCUCCUUUGACUGUGGACCUUUCAGUGGGAAAAACAGAAUGUAUGAUGUCAUCCAAGAGACCGUUGAAAGUGAUUUCCCAACCUUCCUGGGCAAGAUCUUUGCUUUCCUUGCCAAUCCAGGCCUGAUCAUCCCAGCCAUCCUGCUGAUGUUUCUGGCCAUCUACUACCUGAACUCGGUUUCCAAAAGCCUCUCCCGAGCUAAUGCCCAGCUGAGGAAGAAAAUCCAAGCACUCCGUGAAGUUGAGAAGAGUCACAAAUCUGUCAAAAGCAAAGCCGCAGCCAAGGAUUCAGAGGAUAGGGCUCAAGGCAGCUCCAAAAAUAUCACCCCGGACCAACUCACCAAACAAGGGACCACGCUUGACUCUGCCAGCCAAAACCAGACCUUAAACAAGAAGGCACAGGAUGCUGGAACCCCCAGUUCUUCCCAUGGGGCUGUGCCCUCUGCUUCCCAGCAUCUGCCAGGAGCUCAGUCCCCUGGCUUCAGACCAGAUUCACGCCAAGCUCGGCCUCAGAAGCAGCCUUGGAGGUCAGACUCUAGGAAGAGUGCUCAGAGACCUCUCCGCUGACCACCAGGGGUGGCCCCAUGAGCUGACACACCCCCUUGUCAUGUCAGUGUUCUCUCUUCCCUCUCACACAAGUACACACUCUCAUUUAGUGUAGAAAUUCAACUAUUUAGUCUUAGGCUUUCAUUGGCUACCAAAAUGGGUGGCAUCUUCAACUACCUUUAGACUUGCUGAACUGCCCCUCUUCCCCAUCACUGCCCUUCCCAGUCUCUUGGCUCUAGACCUUGAACCAUAGUGGUAUCCCUGGGUGUCAGACUUUGGGAGGAGGAGCAGGACCAUCACCACCAACAAAGAUAUUUUUUAUGGUAUCUAUAUUGGGAUACAGGUUUCUCCCAACUCCGACAAUGGGCAAGGGAAUGCAGAGAGGUCCCAUUUCUGACCAUCACCUCUUUCCAAAGGAAGUGAAGUAGUUUAAGUAAAAGGUACAAGAAGACAGUGAAAAAUGAAGGUAAAUGAGCCACCAGAGCCCCAACAUGCUGAAUAGGAAGACCCCAACUGAGGGGGGUUGAUCCCACGAAGCACCAAAAAUGCACUGUUGCCUGCUUUUUAUUCAACUGAAGGAAACUCGGAAGAUUACUCAUGGUAGGAAGAUUUUUCCUGAGCACCAAAUUCUAAAAGAAGUUUAAUAGUUUGCUUGUUACAAGCCCAACCCCCCACCAUAUUAAAGGAAGAUCUGGUGCUCUAGUCUCUUUCACUACUAUCUCUCUAUCUCUCUGUCUCCAUCUUAAAGUAUAAGUAAAUAAAUAAAAAAAUAAAUAAACCUGUACAACUCUUA